GACUUGGAGAUGGAGCGAGCUGCAAGGAAAGCGUCCAGGAAGCGGCCGCUGCAGAACUGAACGGAGUGAAGGCGAAGGUGCGGAGAAGUUCCGGAGGGGAAGGUGGGACUCGACUCUUGCUAGCUGACAGUUUCUCCUUUCUUUGAGGACCAUGUGGAAUCCCAAUCCAGGCCAGCCAGGUGCCUACCCUCCCAACCCCUCUUACCCAGCUGGCUAUAAUCCUGCACACCAUCCUUCAAUGAACCCUGCCUUCCCUCCAGGCCCUGUACCUGCUGGCUCAUAUCCUGUCCCCCCAGCGGGGAUGCCAGGCCAGCCUGCAUACCCACCAGGUCAUCCUAUUCAGCCACCACCAUAUCCUGGGCAUCAGCCUGGCUAUCCGGUUCCGCCUGUUGGCCCUUACCCUCCACCUGCUCCGGGUAUGCCUGGAGGAAUGGGGGUUAAUCCGUUGAUGCCUGGGGCUGUUGCCAUGGGGACUCAUGUGAUGGAUAAGAAGGCAGAAAAGAAGAUGAGGAAGAAGAUGAAGAAGGCCCACAAGAUGAGCAAACCACACAAACUCCAUAAGCAUCAUGGGAAGCAUUCCUCCUCUUCCAGCAGCAGUGACUCCGACUGAGGCUCGUCCUUAAUUUCCAGCUGUACGCUCUUCCCACCAGUACUAACCCUCGCAUUGCUCCUCCUGCUGCCAUCCCAAUGCCAAUCUACUGAAUUUGUCACCAGAUUAAAUAAAUAAAAAAAUGACGCCUGCUUGCUGCUCAUCCUACAUUACCGGAUUUGGGCCAAAUGUCAAAUUUAUUCCAAAGGCACGUGAAAUCUCCUGCAAAGCCUGAUGGGGACUCUGGCGUUUCUGAUUAAACAGGUUUGGUGUGAUUGGCUGCUGCGUCUUAACAAAUCAGAGUGGGAGACCACCCAUCCACUUCAAGGCAGUGCAGCUACAACGCUUGGCUCCCAGUAGCCUUCUGGAAUGUAGACUGUGUGUCCCUACAACUGGUGAGAUCGAGCUAUGAAGCUUUCUGCAAGCAGCUGGUGGGUCCAAUCAAAUGAUCACUUUAGGCUGAGACUUGAUUGCAAGAUGAUAGAUCCAGAGUGCUUUUAAAAUUUAUCCCCUUCCUCCCAAUUUCCUGUGCAAAUGAAAGGAGAGACUGUCCUAUACCUGAACUGCUUCUGGAAGAUGCCUAUGGCUUAUUUAAUACAAGCUAGAAUAAUAGUCUCCUUAAGAUUGCAAAUAAAACAAGCUUGAUCAGGGAUAACUAUAUCUUUGUGCGACCACUUUAGUGGCUUUAUUAUAUGAUUUAGGGGACUGAUUUCUUUUUAUGUAUAGCGGACAAACAUUUGCAUGAGGUGUCCUAGAAAGCUUCAACAUGGAAAAACGACAUGAAGCUGGUAGCUCAUAUUUGUGCUUAAUUGUAAUGCUAUAUUCAUGGGUGAAAUUUUUGUUUCACCCAAAAUGGAAUCUGAUCUGUGGUGGGUAAGAGCAUCUUACUGAAUUAUUCCAUGGUGAAUGUGUGGUCAUAGAAUAUAAAUUUUAUAUAUUGAUAGUAUGCUCCAAGCUAUUGCAUUUUGAGGGACCAUGUUCUUACAAGGUUGCUGGCGCCCUUUAAAAAGUUUUAAAGUGUACAGAUUACAUGCAUCAGCAUGCUUUAUCUGGGCUGUUUGUGCUAAAGUGAAUGAAGGCUGCAGAGAAGUACCAUUCUGGGAUGAUCUGCCCUUGUGCGGUCCAUAGGAAAGGAUGUUGAGUACUAAGAGGACCAUCUGUUGUUAUGACUGAUUGUGCUCUAAACUCUUAUUCCCCCACACGAUGUUCAAUUCUACCUGUCCCUGUUCUUGUGUCUCAAUAAAAGAUUUUGGUUUUAAUACUCA